AUGACAGUCCCUGGACGUUACAGUGACGGGGAGGUGAAUUACUCCUUCUGGGGCGAUAUAUAUAACACUUCCGCCUCUUUUCGGGAAACACACGCCACUGUUUGGAGUACUCAGGGACAGGGAAUAGUCCAUGGCAUCUUCCUACUGGUGUUUACUGUUAUAGGCAGUGCUUUCAACGUUUUCAUGAUCGUAGCUAUUGUUCCGAACAGGAGGUUACGGACAGUCCGGAAUAUAUUACUCGUUCACUUAGGGGCAAUAGGGCUAGCCUCGUCCAUACUGACCACUCUUUACGCCGGAGUGGUCAGUUUAUGUGGGUACUGGAUAGGUGGACAAAUCAUGUGUCAUGCGUAUGGAUUCCUGCAAUCAUCUUUUACGUUAACAAGCGCAUGGACAAUCGCCGCUUUAAGUUGGGACAAGUAUCAAACGAUUGCUUCCCCAUUACAUCAUUCCUUAACGGCCACUGCGCGUAAAAUGACGUCAUUAUUUUCAGUGUUUUGGUUGAGUGCAUUUAUAAUGGCGUUACCGCCGCUUUUUGGUGGAAAUUCUUAUGUAUUCUCACCUGUAACAGGCACGUGCUUUAUAAAUCACCUGGAUGUGUUGGGUCGGUGGUAUGUUGGACUGCUAGUAAGUGCAAUGUUUUAUAUACCACUAAUAGUUAUGAUAUACUGCUAUACACAUAUAUUCCGCAUAGCGCGGACACAAAGUAGCAGAAUUGCCGCGACUAUGGUUCGAAUGGCGUGUGUCGUUCAGGCACCAAUAGCCCUUAAUACACAAGCCACAGCCCCAUUGUCGACCUCCAUUAAAGGCACAAAGGCAAUGCUGACCAUCCUCCAGCUCGUAGGAGCUUUUACUCUAACUUACAUACCCUUUUCAAUUGUUAUAUUGGUGGAAACCGCAACCGGAAGAAGACAGGUAGAUCCUAUGUUGGUUUCCAUAGUAACGACUUUAUUCCAGGCAGCGCCGAUGACCAAUAGCGCCAUCUAUGGUAUAAGAAAUAAAAUUUUACGGAAUUCUUUUAUACGAUAUACAAGAAGAAAAGUACAGUUAUUUUGUUAUAAAGACAAACGUAAAGGGAGCGUCAAACGUUCUUCAUCUUUCCGAAUGUCUUUAAUGCAAAGAAAAGCUCUUCAUCAAAACGGAAGUGCUCAAACUGGACAUUUACGAAGGACUCAGUCGCUCCAGGUUCGACAUUUGAGUGUACCUAGAUCGGCUAUAGUUAAAUAUGAAAGUAGUGAAAACAUUCGUAAAACUCAGUCAUUUACGCUUCAAAAUGGCCAUGCAUUUACAAAUGAGGACGAGGAAUGUUGUCUCGCACCGACGCCAUCUUUGAAUUUUGAUCAUGUCAAGAGUGACAUAUUGAUUAUGAAAAAGGUUUCUGACACAGAAAAGGAGAAAAUCAUGGAUGAUAAUGACAAUGAGGAAGAUGAUAUCGACGAUGAGGAAGGCGAUGACGAGGACGAUGAGGAUGAAGACGUUAAUUUGGACGAUGGACCAGUAUGAAGGUUACAGGAAGAUUAGGAGCACGCGCAAGAGCGGAUGCAGCGAGCAAGCCGGAAGUCGAGAUGUAUUGUGAGCCAAACAGCAUCCACUAGAGGCAUUUGUAUUUCCAACAUGAUUUAGCAGAAAUGAACAUUUCAAUCAGUAGCAAAAGCUGGCCUUUUCUACAGAACGAAAUCAAAGCCUCUGGCAUACACAUGAUGUCAGGAUGACAAAUGACGUCACAAUACCUGAACCAAGUCAAAAUAAAAUGCAUCAGAAACAAUGCU